UUUUAGCUGCGCGAGCGUUCUUGCCAUAUUAACUGUUGAAGCGAAAAUGGCUCGAGUAUUUUUUAAAGCGAUAAGAAAGUCAGCAAACAACAGAUGUAUUUGACAAUUUCAGGCUUUAUUGAAUGUUUCCACAAAGCAAUUUUGUCGACGAAAGACAUCUUAAAACUACAUUUCCCAUGAUGACUGUGCGAUAACCAACUCAGGGUCAAAGUGCGAAAAAAAAGAAGUCAGAAUCGUUGGUUCCUUCGAUCACAGAUUGAGCAUGGCUUCAGACGGGUUAGAAGUGCCACCAUGUCCAACAGAGGACCCGAGAGAUGAUGGGACCCACUUGACAGACACACCCUGGCCAGAGGCAGGGGUCCCUGCUGACCCUCACUGUGGAAAAGACACACCAGAAGAGUCAACAGAACAGGCUGGAGUCAACAUUUGCCAAUUUUUCCUGAAGGGAAAGUGUCGUUUCGGCAACAACUGUCAUUUCUCUCACAGUUACACAUCAAUAGAUGAUUCAGGGGCUGUCUCAUCUGACCAGAGUAACAAACAAGAUGGCGAAAAGAUGGAAAAACACAAGAACAAAGCCACAAAGCCAAAAUAUGAGGAAAAAGCAAAGGUGAAGAAAAAGCCUCGUAUGCGCACAGCAGAUGACGUUAUCUCUCGAAUACUGUGGGACCCAUCGGUGGAUGGAUCAGAAUUUGUAGUGGGCUAUGUGGAUCGCUUCCUUGGUGUGCUGGAGCGUCCCUUUAAUGAGUUCAACUGGGACACUGACCCCUGUGACUGUGAUUACUCUUCUGAGCUGGCCCUUCCCAGACACAGGAUCCAGUACUUCACCUACAGAGGGCACCGCGUCUGGGACCGCCACAGCAGGACAGACAGGGUGUUUGGCUCCACUGGUCAAUCUCUGGCUCCCCCCUUUGGAGAGGAGAAGGAAGUAAAGGAAAUGAACACAGAAGGCCAAGACAGACUUCUAACAACAGAAGAUCAGCCACCUUGUGUCAGUGGGCAGAAAGAGAGUAAAACAGACAAAUGCACUCAUACUGAGAACACACAUCUGGAGGAAGAAAAGCAGACUGAGAUGAAUACUUGCACCCCUGACUCAACGCAACCCUCUCCAAAGUGUCAAGGAAACACUUCUCCGGAACAACUGGAAUCACAAGGAGCAUGUAUUUUGGAGGAGGGUGCAAUGAGACCCACGGCUUCAACAAACCAAAUGUCCUUAUCCCAAAAAGAGGGUGCAAGCGUAAAAAUGGAGGGUGCGGAAGAGAUUGAAUGGCAAGAAAGCUGGGAAAAUAAUGAAGAUGCUUCGAGUUACCUCCUUGCGAUGAACAUCAGCCAAAUUCCAUUGGCACCUCUGAAGCAGAGAGGUGUUGGUCGCCCCCCUAAAAAACGACCCACGCACUUCAUCACCUUCAAGGCCAACACUCCUGCUAUCCUCUCCGGUUUCCAGCAGCUGAAGGAGGAGAUCACCUCCCUUCUGCCCUCCUCUGCCCCUCAUUGGCAAACCGCCCCGAGCCUCCAUGUCACCAUGUGCCUCCUGAAUUUGCCCGGCCCAGCUGAGGUAGCUGCUGCUGGGGAGAUCCUGCGACGGUUUGCCCAUUUGGAUCGUAACCCGCCGGUGGCUCUGACCUUCCCAGUAAAGCUGAAACAUUUCAAUGGGAGGGUGCUGUUCUUGAGCCCCCAGCCUCAGCUUUACCUCCAGCAGCUCAACAGUGGCCUGCAGGAGGCAUACAGGAAGGAGGGCUUUCUCCACAAGGACUCCUACAAUCCGCGCUACCACCUCACGCUGGCCAAGGUAGUGGGUUUUGAGGGAGACAGGAUUUUUGAAGGGGUGAGGGACCUAAAGGUGGGCAAGGGUUUAAAUUUUGGCCGUCUGCCAGUAAACACCUUACACCUUUGUGCCAUGGGAGUUUCCAAAGUAGAUGGUUUUUAUCAGACCGUGUGCACAGUAUCUCUUCGUUAAUAGAAGACUGGGCCAUUUUGCAUGCACACACUACAGUACAUGCAUGUUGAUACAAUGGGUGCAACGCCUCUGAGAUUUUAACUAGCCAUGUGGCCUCACUGACCAAAUCUGAUGUCUGUGUUUCAAGUUUUUAAGAUGUACUUUUAAAGAUAACCAGGUUAUAUAAAGUCCUAAAGGGAGUAAAAUUAACUUAGCAUAUCAACAAACACUAUGUUUAAUUAUAGUAAAACAGUAUUAAGAUGCAAAAGUCUGCUAUACUUAACUUAUGAUAAGAUUAAAAAUACAUUUAUUUUCCUUAAUGAAUGCAAUUAAAUCUGUUAAGGGCGUACGUCGUAAUAUGUCCAAUUGAUAUUUCAAGAUGAGAAAUGUACACACAGAAUAAUAAUACAGUGAAUUUAAAAUGCAAGCUGAUAUAACACAUCCAGAGCUUGCUAAAGGCACACUUUGCUCGGCUGAACAGAAAAAUAUAAAGACUAAAAACAGAUAUCCAUUUUUUCAUAUUCAUUGUACUUUAUGUCUGUUUUUCAUGUUACAAUGCAAAGUUUUAUCCGUUUUUUUAAUUUGUUCUAAAUUAUAAAUGCACUAUAAAGCCCAGAAGUGCUAUAUAAAACAUCUUUCAACAUUAGAUCUAAAAUUCAAUAUCAAUUCAAUUUCAAUUUUAUUUAUAUAGCGCUAAAUCACAACAACAGUUAUCUCUUUGUGCUUUUCAUAAAAGAGCAGGUCUAGACUGUACUCUGUGAUGUUAUUUAAAGAAACCCAACGGUUCCCACCAAGAGCAAGCACGAGGCAACAGAGGCAAGGAAAAACUUCCUUUUAAGAGGCAUCAGAACAUGAUAAGUCAACGAAUUGAUCAGUGGAUAAACAGAAAUUUACUUAGCAACCACUUUUGAUUAAUUAAAUUGAAGUCAAGCAAAAUGCCCUAGUGCUAGCUUCUCUAUCUCUACUGACAUGCUGAUGCUGCUGUACUUGGCUUUAUGUUGUAGUAACAUGAACAUUUUUGUUUGAUUGUUGGUUACUAAACAGAUGAUUUAAAGACCUCACCUUGGACAAUUCCUUUUUUUUUUUACAAUUUUCAAUAAAUGUGUGGAUCAUUUGAAUCAUUUAAAUGAGAGAAUAAUCAGAUUAAUUGCUACACAAUAAUAACAUGAGUUGCAGCCGUAGUCAAACUGGAACCCUUAAUAGGAAUCAUGAAGAACUUUACUGUACAUAGUUCAUAGUCUAAUCUGCCUUUAGGCCCUGAAGGGGACAAAUGGAAAUAGUUGUGAAGGGUUUUAAAUUAGCUUUGAGUCAUAAAACUCACAGUAUGCAGAGUAGAAUAGGUACUUUCUUUAAAUAUAACAUGACUUCUGUAGAACUCAAUUUUCGUUUCCUCUCAUUAUUAUCUGAUGGGCAAAAUAAGGUGUUCAGGGCCAACUUCUCUCUUCACUUUGAUAUUGACUGUUUUACAACUACACAGACUGGACAUAUGCACCAUAAAGGCUUAUGUCAUGUGUCAGGCAUAAAUAUAAUGGGAAAAUAUGUUUUCUUUACUGAAAUGAAUUAACCAAAGUAGUUUUACUCUGCUGCCUGUAAUAUAUAAUUCAUACGAAUAUUGAAUGCAUGGUGUUCUGCAAGAACAAUGACUUUGUAUGGCGUUUACAAUGAAUUAUAACCACUAGAUUGUCGAGGACAUUAAAUAUUGAAAUGGUUAUUUUAAA